GUGAAACCAGAGAAAGAAUAGAAGUGUGGACACUCACAAGGACUAGCAGGUAACCCACGCGAGAAAGAAAGGAAGCCGGGAGAGGAGCAGGUUUGGUUCAGGGGUUUCCUCAGUCAACAAGGAGAGCUAUUUUUACAUCCUAAACUUUGUUUCACUCAGUGAACAACAAAAAACAUAUCAAGCAUUUUUUUCUUCCUCUCUGAAAAGACGCCCAACUGAAAGCAGCAGCGAUGGCGCCCUCUCUCCUCCAGGCCUACAGGAGGCGCUGGUGGAUGGCGGUGACGGCGGUGCUUGAGAAUCUGCUGUGCUCAGCUGUGCUGCUGGGCUGGGGCUCCCUGCUCAUCAUGCUGAAAAGGGAAGGCUUCUACUCCCACCUGUGCUCAGAUAAUGAGUCCGUGGUUGUGUCUUUCGGCAACUCCUCUGGCGAGCAGGAGGAGGAGUGGCUCAGCUGCGUGGAUCAGGAGGAGAUGCUGAAUCUGGGCUUCACCAUCGGGUCUUUCUUGCUCAGCGCCACCACCCUGCCACUCGGGAUCCUGAUGGACAGGUUUGGGCCACGCCCAAUUCGCCUGGUGGGCAGUUCGUGUUUCGGGCUGUCGUGUGUUAUCAUGGCCAUGUCUGCCUACGACCCUCAUUCUCUGUCAGCACUUAUUUUCUUGGCUCUCUCCCUGAAUGGCUUUGGAGGCAUCUGCCUGACCUUCACCUCACUCACGCUCCCCAACAUGUUUGGUGCUCUGAGCUCCACCGUCAUGUCUCUGAUGAUUGGCUCCUACGCCUCCUCUGCUGUCACCUUCCCUGGAGUCAAGCUGAUCUACGAUGCAGGUGUGUCCUUCCAGGUGAUCAUGUGGAUGUGGGCAGGUCUUGCUGGGUUUGUCUUUCUCAACUGCUUCUUCAACUGGCCCACUGAAGGCUUCCCAACACCUGACGAGGUCGACUACAGUCAGAUCAUCACACUGCAAGAGCUGCCUUCAUCUGACCAGAAGACUGCUGGAGAGCAACUGAGCCAGAAAAAUGGAGACGUCCGACACUCAACAGAGAAACUUCCUAAUGGAUCUGAUGCUGCGCCCAAUGCUCCUACCUUCCGACAGUCCGUAUUCUCUCCCAUCUUCCUGUGGAGUCUGGUCACUAUGGGGAUGUCCCAGUUGAGGAUCAUCUUCUUCAUGGGGGCGAUGAACAAGAUGCUGGAGUUUAUGGUCACCCACGGUGAAGAGCAUCCAUCCGAGCAGAUGAUGAUUGAGACAGAAGAGAAAGUGAGUUUCUACUCGUCCAUCUUCGGCACGCUUCAGCUGCUGUGCCUGGCCACGUGUCCUCUGAUUGGAUACAUCAUGGACUGGAAGAUGAAGGAGUGUGAAGAAGAGAAGACAGUCCCAUUGGGCACCGAGCAGAGGCAGACUAUUGUGCCCAAAAGAGACCGUAAGAUCCAGAAAGUGACCAACGCCAUGAGGGCCUUCAUUCUCACCAACAUGCUGCUGCUCGCUUUCGGAUGCUGCUGCCUCAUAGACAGCCUUCCUCUACAGAUCUUGACCUUCAUCCUCCACACUAUGGUCCGAGGCUUCAUCCACUCCUGCUGCGGAGGCCUUUAUGCUGCUGUCUACCCGUCCAACCACUUUGGCACUCUGACGGGCCUCCAGUCCAUGAUCAGCGCUGUGAUCGCUCUGCUGCAGCAGCCGCUCUUCAUCGCCAUGGUCGGAACGCUGAAAGGAGACCCCUACUGGAUCAACCUCGGCCUGAUCAUCUUCUCAUUGGCUGGUUUCCUGUUGCCGGGUUACCUGUACUACCACCGCAGGCAACUGCUGAGGGAAAAGGAGGCCAGAGACAAGCGGGCGGGCGGACAGGAGAUGCAGGCGCUAAACGACAGCGAGGCCAACGGCUACAAACCCCACAGCAACGGCCUCGCUGCUGUGGAGGCGUAAAGCGGCACCGAGUGGAGGGUCAGAAUCGUAGUAUUUGUACUUGUCUGCAAAAUGACCACCAACAAUGUCUGCAUCCAUAUAUAUUUUUGUUUUGAUAUUUCCAGUGUUUUUUUGGUCAUUGCUGGUGCACAUUUUGCUCAUCACAAUCCAUAACAUAGAGAUGGGAUUCCUCAUGUUUUGUUAUGACUCGGGAGAAGAAGAAGAUAUGUCAUCAUCAUUUGUUUAUUUAUUUUGGUUUCGUGUCAAAGAGCCAAAUUAAUUUAAAGCCAUAGAUUUCACUCACAAGCACACACCCUGGUACUGCCUGUGUGUCAGACUGGGGAUAUCACAGUACUUGAAAUACUUUUAAAUAGUUUUCAAAGAUUUAAAUAGAAAGUGGCUAAGACCAAAGAACAGCUUAAAGAUAAAAAAGAAGUUGCAGUUUUUAACUCCAUAUUGCUUCAGAAAUAUGCUUAAUGAUACACACUUUUAAUAUUCUAUAUUUUGCUGUUUAAUACUGGCAAAAACUACAAAUAUAGAAAACAAAGCAUACGACAAUCAAAGAAAUGUUAAAGCAUCUGAAUACCAGACUUCUAGUACCUACAAAGAAGCAUUUGGGGUAUUUUCAAAGUCCAGUUUUUCACACAGACACACACACACACACAUGUACACGCACAGAUAGGCUGGUUGUAGAGACACCAUAUCUACCUCCUCUCUUUCCUUUUUGUACUGUCUCUCUGCAGCCGACUCUUAUGUCUGUCCAGCAAAGUAUUUUUUGUCACUAUUAAUCCUUUAAUUGUCAAAUCCCCAAAAUUGAAUCACCGCCUUCUGUAUUAAUGCGCUUUAGAGUUAUUGCUGAGUCAGCUCUUGCAUUUGUUUAUAUAUAUAUAUAUAUAUAUAUAUAUAUAUAUAUAUAUAUAUAUAUAUAUGAAAAACAUUUUUUAAUGGAAAAUUCACAAGGAAAAAUUAGACUGAAUUUUAAACACAGUGUGUGUCAAUGUUAUUAAUCACUGUGUAUGGCUUUAUGCACAUCAAUUAACUAGUGUGUGUAUAAAAUGUGUAUCUAAGUGUAUUUUUAUACUAGCUGCAGUAGCAUUAAAAAGGGAAGCGUUUGUUUCAAUAUCCGUGGCUAUUGUGUAGUGUGCUAAUUAUAAAUGAAGCUCAGAUGAUUUACUGUGUAUUCUGCUUUUGCCUUUAUUUUAUUUUCAAAAUAGAUUUUUUGUAAAUAGAACUGAAGUGUGUCUUAUUUUAUUACAUAUUCUGCUUACUUGCGUUACUUAAUACACUGUGUGUGUACAGUAUCCUAAUUGAUGAGAUAGGAGACACUGGCUGUGCUCAAAGUCACAAUAAAAAAGACUGUUUCAGCCAGCUGCACCCUGUAUGUUCGUUCUGCUCACAGCAACAGUAUCUUGUAGAUUUUUUUUGACUCAAUCCAUUUCAGUGUCAAGAUUGCUUUCGUAGAGUUUUCCUUGGUGGUAUGUUUUGCUUUCUAGUUAUCUUUUGUCCUUUAAAUGUGGUCAGCUUCAUGAAUCUUUGCUUUCUCGCCAUUAGAGAGAUUCUGUGUUUUGUUUCAAUGCUGUGCCUUUGCUGCCAUCUUGGUCUUAUUGCAAUAUAUAUGAAUGUAAGAUCAAUAGCUCUGCCAAACAGCUUUCUCUGUAAAUCAAAGCCAUGAAGAGGUAUUGUGUAUUAAUUAGUACAGCACUUUCCUGCAGGACCUUACACCAAAAUGCAUUGGUCCUGCAGUAAAGGACAGUUAGGUUUUUGAUGAUCGUCACAGGUGUUGAUUCAGCUUGAUUGUGAUUUCUGAGGCUGUUGGUUCCUAUAAAUACUGUGAGUGCAUUACAAUCAGUGUUGCCAAGGUUUCCCAGUUUGGCAUAUGUCAUUGCUUUCCUCUUUUAAAGUAUUUUGUAAUGUCUGAAAUAGUCCAGAAAUCGCAGCAACAACUAUCUGACCUCUUUGUAUCUCUGCAAGUUGCCUCAUAAGUUCCUUGUUGUCAAACCUGUGGCUUCCUUUUGCCUUUUGUUAUUGGGAUUCAAAGUUGCUGCCUGAGUUAUUGGUGUGAAGUAUAAUAAACGUCCUUUGCUUUGUCUGUAUUGUAAGACCAUCCUCGACAGUGGCUUGUCUAAACUUCUCUCUUUACCCUUGGGGCUGAAGUGUUGCUACGAGUUGCUAAAUGUAUACCUUUAAUCAAUAUAUCCAGCUUGUGCAUUUGAUAAAUAAAUGAAUGACUUUAAA